GUGCAGCGCGGGUUGGGGCGGAAGUGUGUGUCGGCUAGGGCCCGAUCAAUGCUGAUGGGGAUCUGCGGAGAAGGUAGGUCUCCAUCAUGUAUACCCUGCUAUCUGGCCUGUAUAAGUACAUGUUUCAGAAGGACGAAUAUUGUAUCUUGAUCCUGGGCCUGGACAAUGCCGGCAAGACAACUUUUCUGGAACAAACCAAAAUCCGAUUCAGCAAGAACUACAAAGGCAUGAACUUUGCCAAGAUCACCACCACCGUUGGCCUGAACAUCGGGACAAUUGAUGUGGGAAAAGCCAGGCUUAUGUUCUGGGAUCUUGGCGGGCAGGAGGAGCUGCAGUCUCUUUGGGAUAAGUAUUAUGCAGAAUCCCACGGAGUGAUCUACGUCAUCGAUUCCACGGACGAGGCGCGACUGUCUGAGUCAAAACAAGCUUUCGAGAAAAUAAUCAGCAGUGACGUCUUGGAAGGAGUCCCCAUCUUGGUGCUGGCGAACAAGCAGGAUGUGGAGGGUUGCCUCUCGAUUCCAGAUAUCAAAACCGCCUUCAGUGAUUGCAUCAACAAGAUCGGAAAAAGGGACUGUCUCACCCAGGCAUGCUCUGCCCUUUCCGGGAGGGGCCUAAACGAAGGCGUGGAGUGGAUGGUAAAGUGCGUAGUGAGAAAUAUCCAUCGUCCCCCAAGACAGAAGGACAUCACAUAGGGGAAGACGAUGAGAAGGGCACGGAGACUACUCUAUGAAGCUGUUACCCCCCCCCCACAACAGACUGGAAUGUAUAUAUCCUGUACCUGCCUACUGCCUCCUGUGUAUAGAUACCGUGUAUAGAAUUCUAUUUAUCUUAAA